AUGGCCUCACAGGAACCCCGUUAUGUGGCAAUUGCCCAGCGCAAACAAGCUAAGCUUGCUGCAGCUAUCCCUGCCGAAUGGCGGCUGCCCGCGCACGUCAUCCCUGAGGGGAUGCUCUCAAUUUCCGAGUCGAUCACCGUUGGCCCAAAAAGCUACCAACGAGUCGGAGUGAUGGAUGUUCCACGGACAUGUGGACUACUCACAUCCCAAGAAUUGGAAAUCACAGAGAAAUACGAUGUGCGGGGCCUUGUCAUUGAGAUGGCAGAAGGUCGAUUGAAAGCCGAAGACGUGAUGCGAGGGUUUUGCAAGAGAGCAGCCAUCGCCCAUCAACUCACUCGCUGUCUAACCGAACCCCUGUUCGACCGCGCCUUGCAACGAGCCCGGGAGCUGGACGACCAUUUUGAGCGCACGGGCACCCCGAUCGGCCCCUUACAUGGGCUCCCGGUGUCAGUGAAGGACUCAUUUAAUGUAAAAGGCGUGGACUCAAGCAUUGGAUUGUCUGCCCUGGCAUUCAAGCCCGCAGAAGCAAAUGCCCCACUUGUAGACCUGCUGGAGUCUUUGGGCGCGGUAGUGAUCGCCAAGACGAACAUACCACAAACACUCGCAACCUUGGAUAGCUGCAACCAUCUUUUCGGGCGCACAUUGAACCCUCUCAACCGUAAAUGGACUGCCGGUGGAAGCACUGGCGGAGAGGGCGCCUUGAUCGCCAUGCGCGGGUCGAUGGUCGGCUUUGGCACGGAUAUCGGUGGUAGCAUCCGCAUACCAGCUAUGUGCCAGGGCAUCUAUGGGUUCAAACCGAGUAACGGACGCGUGCCAUUUGAAGGCCAACAGAGCGGCCAGAUUGAAGGUAAGGGCCGAAUAGGGCUGCAAGCAGUGGCUGGUCCGUUGGCGCGUUCUGUUGCGGAUAUCAACGCCAUCAUGUCGGAGAUCGUGCCUCGCGCGGAGCUGUUCGGUGAGGAUUGCAUUCCGGGAUCAUGGUCGUCCCAAUCGAUACCGCUUACUCUCACUCCGCCGCACAACUUCACUAUCGGUAUUCUUAAGACAGAUGGUCUCGUCACACCUCUACCCCCGAUCACCCGAAUUUUGAACGAAGUCGCCAACAGCCUCCGCCGUACUCCCGGCGUCGAGGUCGUUGAUAUCCCACUUCCACCGGUCCUACCUAAAUGCCAAGCCCUCGCUGGCCGGCUGAUGGGAAUUGACGGCGGGUCCCACAUGCUUGACCUUAUCGAGAGCAUGGGCGAGGACCUCAUUCCGUGGCUGCAAGGCCGAAUGAAGCGCGGCAAGGCCUUGACGGUGGCUCAACUGGCGGCGCUGCAGGCACAGCGUACAGAGAUUGAGAAGGAAAUGAUGAAGAUGUGGACAUUGUCAUCACAGGCUUCUUCAGUCGCCCGUCGUGUCGACGCCAUCAUUUGCCCUGUGGCACCGCACCCGGUUCCGGAGCUUGACUGUUACAAUGCCGUUGGGUACACCUCGACCUUUGUGCUGCUAGACUAUCCGGCUGGGUCCGUUCCUGUCCGCUCAUUCACAAAAUCCGAUCUUGAGAUUGGGCGGGAAAUGGAGGCGCCUGUGUUGGGAAGUUGGGAUAAGGCUAAUCGGCAGCUUUGGGACGAGAAAACGGUUGACCGUCGGGUGUAUCUCGGGUCACCUCUCAGUGUGCAGGUUGUCACUCCUAAGCAGCACGAUUAUCAGCUUUUCCAGGCAAUGGAGAUUGUUGAUCGGGCAGUACAGGGCCACGGGAGCUCACUCAAUGCGAAGUUGUAG